CUAGCACAUCAGAGUUUCAACUCUUAUCCCGAUUCCUAACUCGUAUUCUCGACAUCCCCCGCACUCUGUAAUCGCCUCCCUUCGAUUGGAGGAGAAGUCGGCCCCGCGACUCAACGCUCUGGUAGACAGGCGGCGGGCAUCAGCGCUUGCGACGUAUGAUGCGGUAGUGUGCUCAUGACAUUCUGAAGAGAUGUGGAUGAUCGAAUACAUGCCUCGUCUUCUUGCCGCUACCCAAGAAAGAAGGGUGAAGGAUCAAUCGUUCCUCGUUACGUAAUCCUAAGCCCUCUUUCCUGAUUUAUGUUCUCUGCUGCCCUCCCGGCAGCCUCGUCUUUUCGCAUUCGCUAUUCCUCCAUCGCGACCCGUCGCCGGGGUCCCAGGGUGGAAUUGGUACUACUACAUCUGCAGUAUCUCUUGGCUUCAUUGGAAUUCAUUUGAAUUUUGAAAACUGCAAUGGCAGGGUCAUCAAAUCAAGAAACUGGAUCAGUAUAUUUAUACGUUCCUAAUGUUAUAGGUUAUAUAAGAGUCAUCUUGAAUUGUGUAGCAUUUUCUGUGUGCUAUUCGCAAAAAUCUCUCUCUGCCAUUCUCUAUGUUACUAGCUUUGUGUGUGAUGCAUUGGAUGGUUGGUUCGCACGAAGGUUAAACCAAGGUAAUGGGGAUUCUUUAUACUCUAAUCUUGCAAAAUUAUUUUCCUCUGGUAAUUUGGUGGUAAAUCAUAUCAAAUGUCUUAGCAGUUCAACAAGGUCACAUUUAAGCCCCUUAGCACAGUGCUGCUGCGAUGCAAGAUUAUAUAGCUCACUGUUAUACUGUCCCUACUCUUACGGAGCCAAGGCUUCUAUGAAUAGUUGAAAAGCAGGAUGAAGUCUGAAUUAACAUGAUCAAGAUUUGAUCAGAAUAAGUUGAACAUGGUGCAUCUUGUUUCAACAGAAAAAAAAACCAACUGAAUGGAGGGAUGAAUUUUCACAGACA